AUGCAAUUACCAACACACGCGCCUUCGGGGCGGCUGCUCGCGACACUACUCGCCGUCCCCCAUCUCGCAUCCGCUUUCUACCUCCCCGGCGUUGCGCCCACAUCAUACAAGCAAGAUGACCCCGUCCCACUCAACGUCAAUGCUAUCCGCCCCGUAGCCGGGUCCGACGCGAUGCUUCACUCGGUCGUUUCCUACGAUUACUACCACCCGCUCUUCCAGCUCUGUCAACCCGCAGGUGGGCCACAAGAUGUCGGCGCAAGCCUAGGAAGCAUACUAUUCGGGGAUCGGAUCAAGACUUCACCGUUCGAGUUGAAGAUGGCCAAGGAGGAACCUUGCAAGGUGCUAUGCAAAACGACAUAUGAAAAGGGGGCGGCCGUGUUCGUGAACCAGCAGAUCCGGGACGGCAUCAGCCUUAACUGGCUGGUUGAUGGGCUUCCGGCGGGGCAAAAAAUUCCAGAUGAGCUGACGGAAACGGAGUUCUACAACCCCGGGUUUCUGCUCGGCCAAGUCACCGACGACGGCAACCAGGUCCAGUUUAACAACCACUACGACAUCAUCGUCGAGUACCACGAGGUUGCGGGCAGCCGGGAGGACUACCGGGUCGUGGGUGUCAUUGUAGAGCCAGAUUCACGCAAGUACGCGGGCCCUCCGGACGGGAAUAUCUGCGAGACCUCUACCGGACCUGUUGUCCUGAGCGAAUCCGAAGACACCGAAGUGCAAUUCACCUACGCCGUGCAGUGGGUUCCGUCCAAGACAGCCUGGGCCACCCGCUGGGACAAGUACCUGCACGUCUUUGACCCCAAGAUCCACUGGUUUUCGCUUAUCAACUCGGCCGUCAUCGUCGUCUUUCUCGUCCUGACUGUCAUGUCGAUUCUGGUUCGCGCUCUUAAGAAGGAUAUUGCGCGGUACAACCGGUUGGACCAGCUCAACCUCGACGACCUCUCGGGCACAUCCGCCAUCAUGGAAGACGGUGUACAAGAGGACUCCGGCUGGAAGCUUGUCCACGGCGAUGUCUUCCGCACCCCGAAACACCCCCUGCUCCUCUCCGUCUUACUCGGUAACGGCGCGCAGCUCUUCGUCAUGGCCGGUUUCACCAUCGCCUUCGCCCUCCUCGGCUUCCUCUCCCCCUCCAACCGCGGCUCGCUCGGCACCAUCAUGAUCCUCCUCUACACCAUCCUCGGCUUUGUCGGCGGCUAUGCCUCAGCGCGCAUGUACAAGUCCCUCCAAGGCGAGAAAUGGAAGCUCUGCAUCAUGCUCACCCCCUUACUCGUCCCCGGCAUCGUCUUCUCCAUCUUCUUCCUCCUCGACCUCUUCCUCUGGGCCAAAAACUCCUCCGGCGCCGUUCCCUUCACCACCAUGCUUGUCAUCGUCCUCAUCUGGUUCAUCAUUAGCGUCCCGCUGUCCUGCGCCGGCUCUUGGCUCGGUUUCCGCGCCCCGGCCAUCGAACCCCCCGUCCGCACCAACCAGAUCCCCCGCCAGAUCCCGCCUGUUACCAGCUACCUGCGCCCUAUCCCGAGUAUGUUGUUGGUGGGCCUCUUGCCGUUCGGCGCGAUCUUUGUCGAGUUGUACUUCAUCAUGAGUUCGAUCUGGUUCAGCAAGAUCUACUACAUGUUUGGGUUCUUGUUCUUGUGUUACGGCCUGAUGAUCAUGACCUGUGCCGCGGUCACUGUGUUGAUGGUCUAUUUCUUGCUGUGCGCGGAGAACUACAACUGGCAGUGGCGCUCCUUCUUGGCGGCCGGCACGACGUCUGGUUACAUCUUUUUAAACGCGCUGCUGUACUGGGUUAGUAAGCUAUCGCUGGGCGGGUUUGCGGGGAGUGUGCUGUACAUUGGGUACAGCGCGUUGAUCUCGUUUUUGUUCUUCAUCUUGACAGGGUCGAUCGGCUUUUUCUCCAGCUGGUUGUUUGUUCGUAGGAUCUAUGCCUCGAUCAAGAUCGAUUAG